AUCUCGUGUGAGAGUGUGUGUUUAAUCACCAGCACACACCGAGGCGCGAGCUCACUUGGAAACCUCCUCCUCUCUCUCUCUCUCAGCGCACGAGCUGUGAAACUUUUGGCUCUCCGGCGGAGAUAAAGUGAUCUCUCCUCUCCUCUCCUUCUCCUGAUUUUUCUUCUCGUUCUGGUUGAAGGACCUGACAGUAGAUCUCCGACUGCUCCUCUGUGCUGGUCCUCUGACCUUCAGGUCAUCAUGCAGGUGUAUCAUUCAUAGAAAGAUGGAUGGAUGGAUGGGUGGAUGGAUGGAUAGAUGGAUGGAUAGAUAGAUAGAUAGAUAGAUAGAUAGAUAGAUAGAUAGAUAGAUAGAUAGAUAGAUAGAUAGAUAGAUAGAUAGAUAGAUAGAAUCAUUAUUAAUAGUAGUGUAUUUUUCCUGUUUGUGAGCUCGCGAGCUUGGACUUUCAUAUAAGCUUCAAUAAGUCUUGUUUUGCAGCAUUGCACGCUCAUCUCGACCCGGUGUGUGUGUGUGUGUGUGUGUGUGUGUGUGUGUGUGUGUGUUUUCUCGGUUCUCGGAAAGGCAGACACAAAGCUCGCAUUUAGGAUCCUGAAGAAGAACUUCACUGUGCGCGGAGUGGAUUUAUGACAGCGGCGCCGCGCGAGCAGAGUGUCACCGCGUAGUGUGUGUGUGUGUGUGUGUGUGUGCAAAAGUAGAGUGUAGUGUCCUCCACGUGUUCAGGAUUUGUUGGAGUUACGCCACGAGUGUGUGUGUGUGUGUGUGUGUGUGUGUCACUGGAAGGUGUGUUUUGAACUUUCAUUCAUUAAUCUUUUGGAUUUUCUUUUCCUGGAACAAUUUUUGGAUUUUUGUGUAUUUGACUUUUAGUAUUUUGUGGUGUGUGUGUGUGUGUGUGUGUGUGUGUGUGUGUGUGUGUGUGUGUGUGUAAAGAGAGCUAUAUUGCUCCUGUGCCUGUGUGCUGCUGCUGUUGGAGAGCUGAGAUGUUUGAGAUGUUUGGUCUGCACAGUGUGGUCAUGCAGGAGGUUUGAUCUGCCUUGAAAGAGAAAAUUGUGGGGCUUCAGACCUGAAGUUUGGAGAACUGCUUUAUUAUUUUAUAUUAUUAUUAUUACUAUUAUUAUCACUGUGUGUGUGUGUGUGUGUGUGUGUGUGUGUGUGUGUGUAAGAGUGUGUGCAUGUUUUUUGUCUGGAAGGGAAAAAAAAACAGCUAAAAAUAAAAGGAAAAAAAUAUAUAUUCAGCCCCUCCUGGUUUCUUUCUCCACAAAGAAAUCAUUUGAGCUUCCUACCGCAGCAGCCUGAACGGGGACGUAAAUAGUUUCAGCACCAUGUGGAUGUGAUUUUAGCACACACACACACACACACACACACACACACACACACACUCAGAGAGAGAGAGAGAGAGAGAGAGAGAGAGCAGGCUUUUUUUUCGAAGGUUUUAAGAGUUUUUACGGGUCACUCCCUGCCAUGUGCUGCACCAACACCACGGAGGAACACCAGGAAGCCGAGGAGCUCCACUGAAACUACAUGCUGAAGAGAGCUCCACAUCGCACACUGGCGUGAAAGCGUUGUAUAGCGAGGAGGCAUGGGAUCUUCAGCGCUGAGCUUCAUCACCUCCGUCAUCACCCUCGUCAUUUUCAUCUUCUCCUUCACCCUUCAGCACGGCCUGGUGGAGGCUGAUGACGUCCUGACGAAGGAAGAGCAGAUGAACCUCAUCAUCACCGCCAGGAACAAGUGCAUGAAGUCCAUAAAGUCCAGACACAAAACAUCUGAUGGUAACUGUGUCCCCGAGUGGGAUGGCUUUGUGUGCUGGCCUGAAGGAGCUCCAGGACAAAUGGUGUCUGUUUCCUGUCCUGAGUACGUCUACGACUUUAACCACAAAGGGCAUGCCUAUAGGAAGUGUGAUGUGAAUGGAAGUUGGGAACUUACCUCUGAGAACAAGACUUGGGCAAACUACAGCGAAUGUGCAAAGUUCUUCGGGAUCGAUCGGGAUCAUGAGAGGGAAGUGUUCGACAGACUAUACCUCAUCUACACUAUUGGAUACUCCAUCUCAUUCGGCUCACUCAUGGUGGCUGUCGUCAUUCUCGGGUACUUCCGGCGUCUUCACUGUACGAGGAACUUCAUCCACAUCCACCUCUUUGUGUCAUUCAUGUUGCGAGCGAUCAGCAUCUUUGUUAAAGACGUUGUUCUGUAUUCAGGAUCAAACCUUGAUGAGGCUCAGCGAAUCACAGUCGAGGAUCUGAAAUCCAUCACAGAGGCUCCGCCCACUGAGAAAACUAAGUUUAUCGGCUGUAAGAUCACCGUCACGCUCUUCCUGUACUUCCUUGCGACGAAUUAUUACUGGAUCCUGGUGGAAGGUCUUUAUCUCCACAGCCUCAUCUUUAUGACCUUCUUCUCAGACAGGAAAUACCUCUGGGGCUUCACUGUCAUUGGCUGGGGUGUCCCUGCUAUGUUCGUCACCAUUUGGGCAAGUGUUCGUGCCACACUCGCUGACACGGAGUGCUGGGACCUGAGCGCUGGUAAUCUGAAAUGGAUCGUGCAGAUCCCUAUUCUGACAGCCAUUGCUAUUAAUUUCCUGCUCUUCUUGAACAUCAUCCGUGUUUUGGCUACGAAGUUGAGGGAGAGCAACGCCGGCCGCUGUGACAGCAGGCAGCAGUACAGGCGAGCAAUAAAAGUCACGCUGGUGUUGAUGCCGCUGUUUGGUGUUCAUUACAUCGUGUUCAUGGCGAUGCCCUACACCGAGGUGUCUGGAGUUCCCUGGCAGAUUCAGAUGCACUGUGAGAUGCUAAUUAACUCCUUCCAGGGAUUCUUUGUUGCAAUAAUUUACUGCUUUUGUAACGGAGAGGUCCAGGCGGAGAUAAAGAAGUCAUGGAGCAGGAGGACGCUCGCUCUGGAUUUUAAGCGUAAAGCACGUAGCGGUAGCAGCACGUACAGCUACGGCCCGAUGGUUUCUCACACUAGCGUGACCAACGUGUCGUCACGGCAGCGUGACGCUGGAAUGCGCCUCACGCCUGCUAAUACCAGCACUAAUGCUAACACCAAUGGCCACCGGAACCUUCCAGGCUAUGUGAAGAACGGUUCAGUGUCGGACCAGUCCAUCCCUUCAUCUGCUCAUGACCUCCACAUGCAGGAUGACGAGCCUUCCAAGAUGACAACAGACGAAAAACCCGCCACACUGGUGGAGGAAGAGCGGGAAACAGUUAUGUGAAUUGGUGGAUGUUACAUAAAAAACCUCAAGAUCUGCUCUGGGAGGAGCUAGCUAGCCGUGCUGAAUAAGCUAACAGCCUAGUGUUUAAAGGCUAGUGAAGGAACAUUGACGAAACUCUGAAGGUACUCAGGAGGAGCUCUGAAGGAAAUAUUGAGGACCUCUGAAUAAACUAUAAAGAACCUCUCAUGGAACUGUAAUGGAAUUCGAGGAGAGCAAUGGAGGAACUGUGGAGGAACACUAAAUAAAUUCUGGAAGCAAUAUUGAGUAUCUGAAGGGGCUCUGACAAAACCUUGAAAAAAAACUCUGAAAGAAGUCCUGGUGGAACUCUAAAGAACUUGGAAGAAGCUGUGGAUGAACCCUAAAGCAAAACUGGAUGAGCUCUAAAUGAACUCUGGAGGAACACUGAAGGACUUUUUGAGGAACUCUGAAGGAACUCAAGUAGAAUUAAGAAGACUUUUUGGUAGAAGAUCUUUAUUGUGUAAUAUAUUGUAUAAAUGCUGUGAAGUAAAAAGUUUGACAUGUUCUAUUAUAAUUUUUAAAAGGAAAAAUAAUCAGGUAUUUCUAUGUCUUUAUUGUUUUUUUUUUUUAGUAUCUGACAAAAAAUUCAGGUUUGGAAUCAUAAUGAGGGACCAACUCACACCUACACACAUCUUCACACCACACACCUUCAGGUUUUUAUAUUUUUUCAUGAAAUGACUUUCCAGGUCUUCAGAACUUCGUCGCUAUGCUACAUGCCCCUGCUCAGCAUUGCUCGCUAAUUUCUUCACUAAUUCGAUUUUUUUGUGAAAAAUCUGUCCAAUGUAUUUGGGGGUAAAUUUUGCCGUGACACCACUUACUGUUUUCAUUUUUUUUUUGUCAUAA